GACAUUGACAUAACAACACAAUCCAUAGUCGAUGAUCCACCUCAGCCUUAAAAAGGGUAAGCUUUUAUACGCAAAGAAAGGAAUAUUUGCAUUUUGUAAAAAAACAGGUAAGAAACUUAAAUUUUUAGAUAUUUAUUUCUAGACUAGAUACUUACUCUUUUCCCUUCACUUUUUGUUUUUUAAUUUUGGUUCCCUCAAAAUUCUCUUAUUUAUCCCCCGUUUCCUUUUUCCCAUCCCCUCUCCUUUUCUCUCCUCCCACAAAACCCACCCUUCCAUUCAUAUUCCCUACUCUUCUUCAUACCCAAAUUUCUUCAAACUCUCCCUUAAAAAUAAAUAAAAAUGAGAUCAUCAUUAAAAAUAAGAUUAGUGGGAGAAGAGGAGAUAUUAAAUGUAGAUACAAAUACAAAAACUACUCAAAAUCAAACUCAAACUCAAAAUCAUGUUUCAAAUUAUAACCACGAUAAUAAAAGUAAUAAUAAUAAUAGUAGUGAUAAUAAGUUGUGUGAUUUUUGUAACCAACAAGCAGCAGUUCUAUACUGUCGCGCCGACUCCGCCAAGCUUUGCUUAUUAUGUGACCAACAUGUUCACUCGGCCAACACUCUUUCUAAGAAACACGUCCGUAACCUCCUUUGCGACGGUUGUGGGUCCCAACCCGCUACCGUCAAAUGUUUCACCCACAACAACCUUUGCUUUUGUCAGGAUUGCGACUGGGAUCUCCACCAAUCCACCGCCAACCACGACCGCUCCGCCGCUACCGACGCCUUCUCCGGCUGUCCAACCGCCUCCGACCUCUCUUCUUUCCUCGGCUUCGAUAUCUCCAACACUAACAAACAACUCAACAACAACAACAACAACAACAACAACAAGAAGUCAGUUGUUGAAGAUGAUGAUGAUCUGUUCGCUUUCUUCAUCGACGGGGGUGACGUCACUCACGAUCCAUGGUCGGAUUUGAUGGUGCCAGCUCAUCACAACAACCACCUCAAUGUGGGGCCGACUUUUCCAUGGGGGUUUGAUGAUAAUAAUGCUAAUCAUGAUUUAGGGUUUGUUGAUGGCUUAAUCAAGAAUUCUUCUAAUACGAAGAAACAACAGGCGCUGAUUAUGCAGCUUUUGCUGCUUCAACGACGUCGUCGAGAUUCGUCUUGCGAUGAUGCUGAAGAAGAUGUUGACAACAACAACAAUAAUAAUACCAAUAACAAUAACAAUCUUAUUGUUCCUGCUGUGGUUGCGAAUGAUGAUUAUAUCUUAGGAUUAUCGAAUAAUGAUGAAGGUAUUAGUAAUUAUAAUCUUAUUCAAAGCCAAUUUCAAUGUCAGCAGCAACAACAACAGCAAGAUGAAGAAGCUAAUUUCUCAUCUUUUAUGGGUUUGAACACAAAUAUUAAUCUUAUUAGUAAUAAUAAUAAUAAUGUGGAUGGUCCAGCAGCUGGAAAUGUUAUGUGGGAUGCUAGUCCCACCAAUCCUACUACACAGAUAUGGGAUUUCAACUCAGGAAGGAUGAGAGAUCAGGAAGAAUCUGGAAGAUUAGAUGGUGGCUACCGUGAAAGUGAUGUGGGAUUUAUGAUCAACAGCUACAACUCACUUCUACAAGAUACUGGUUUGGCAAAUUCAAAGAUCUUAGGGGACAUGUAUGACAUGAAUUGCUCCACCACUCCGGAUGAUAUCCGAAUUUUUAAUAGUAACAUGCAGAAUUCAGCAGCAAGCCAGGGUCCAGCAACAUCAGAGGGCAAUAAUAUGCCUAUCAUAGGGCCAUCUUCGGGUUCAUUUUUUGGUCAACCUAAAAGUGUUUGCUCCACAGAUAUUCAAUUUAUGGAGGAAUCUGUAUUUCUUGGAGGCGAUAAUGCACUUAAUACAGUCAGAACAGAGGCUGACAUGGAAAUGCUGGCACAGAAUAGAAGCAAUGCCAUGCAACGUUACAAAGAGAAGAAGAAAACAAGAAGAUAUGAGAAGCAAAUACGUUAUGAGUCGAGGAAGGCAAGGGCUGAUACGCGAAAAAGAGUGAAAGGACGAUUUGUGAAGAUCAAUGGUGCUCCAUCCGGUUAAAAUAAGUCCGAAAAUGUGUAAAUAGUUUGAAUUUGCUGUGGAGAUCUAUUUUUUCUUCCAUUUUUGAAAUCAGUUUUGUCUACUACAUCAUUAUCUAUGCGAUUGUUGCUUCUAGCAUAGAAUGAUGACAUUUCAGAUGAGAUUAUUAGUUCAUGUAACUCCCAUACCGGCCAUGUAAUAGUUGUAAAAAAAAAAAAACAAAAAAAAGAAGCUAUGAUAAAGAAAAGAAAGUCUUUACUAAGAGCAGUAGAAUCUGAAUAAACAAAAUAACUUCUGUUGAA